CUGCUUUUAUCAGUAGAGUUGCAGCACUUGCUGUAGCCUGGGCAGGUAGUGAUGAAACUACACUACCCAUAAUGCUCUGCUGAGCCUGAGGCUUCCUGUCCGGCUUUCCAGGUCAAACUGUUUUUCUUGCUAAUUUAUUCUCUUUUAGUGGUUACUGCUUGUGUUGUGGUGAUGAACUUGAUGGACUUAAUUUACCAGAAACUGAUUUAGUUUAUUUGUGGCAGAAGAUUUAUUGGUUGCUGAUUGGUUAUUGGACCAUAAACUGGAAAAUUAGUGGCCUCUUUCUGGAGCUAAGCUUUUAAUAGAUGGAAAUUCAUGUUUCUGUUCAGUAAGCACUUUAUCAGUGGGCAACUGACUGUUUUUAUGACCAACUGCAAGUUGGAAGCAGACUGGCUUUUUUCAGUUCCUCCUGAUCCUCCAGGGUUUUCUCUGUUGGGUGGCCAUCCAUGUUUUCUCACACACCAGGAUAUUCAUCUAGGAGUCAAUGAGAGCACCACAGACACGGCCAGGGUGCUCUCUGGUUUGGCAGAUAUCGUGUUAGCGCGGGUGUAUAGUCACUCAUCUCUGGAGCACCUGGACAAAGAUGCUUCUAUACCAAUCAUCAAUGGCCUGUCUGACCUCUACCACCCUAUACAGAUUCUGGCUGACCUACUGACACUACAGGAGCACUAUGGCUCAUUAAAAGGCCUCACUUUAGCUUGGAUAGGUGAUGGAAACAACGUUCUUCACUCCUUUAUGAUGUCACUGGCUAAACUAGGUGUCAAUCUAAAAGUGGCCACACCCAAGGGUUAUGAGCCAGAUGCUAAUGUCACUCAAGAGGCCCAGCUUCUGUCGAAGCAGUUUGGUACCAAGUUGCAAUUCCUGACGGAUCCCAUGGAGGCAGCACGGGACAGUAGUGUGCUGGUUACUGACACUUGGGUGAGCAUGGGCCAAGAGGAGGAGAAGAAGAGGAGACUAAAAGAUUUCCAUGGUUACCAGAUCACCAUGCAGACAGGAAGUGUGGCUGCACCAGACUGGACAUUUCUGCACUGUCUCCCACGUAAAGAAGAGGAAGUAGAUGAUGAAGUUUUCUACUCACCACGUUCCCUUGUGUUCACAGAGGCUGAAAACCGCAAGUGGACCAUUAUGGGUUUAAUGGUGUGUAUCCUGACAGACUAUAAGCCACGAAUUCCCAAACUCAAAUUUUAAACAAACGUGGUGGAAAAACACUGACAAAAGAAGGCUGUCAUCUAUCUGCUUUUGCAAGAUAACAUUAUAAUUUAUCAUAUUUAGAACUCUUGGCCAAUUGGGGGGGUUAAGAAAGAAAUAAGAAAUACAGAAAUAAAUUAUUGUAUUUAA